AUGACGCAUCAAGUUGCGCAGCAUUUGAGCACGCGCUUGCAACUACACCUCCGUAUUGCUCACGAGCGCAUCAACAUUGCGUUGCGCGAGGCGCGUCUCCCGGCUCUAUCAGCUCAUCCACCCGACUCGGGCGACCUCGACGAGGCCAAGAUCGAGCGCAUCUCGCAGCUUGUUCUGCGUCAGAAGCUGACACCCGAGGCAACCGUCCGUCUCUUGCGGGGUCAGUGUGUGGCAGAUCCACGUCCAAAUAAAGCGCUCUUCCCCGCCGAGUUGGAGCGCAUCCUUCAAGGCUACCCGCAUCGUGCUGACCUCCUGGCGGUAGCAGCAGCUGGCUUCGCGAUCCCCACGCGAUCGAUCGCGCUUCCACCACCCUCGCGUCAGAAGAACCACAAGUCGGCAGAAGCGCAUGGCGCUACCGUGCGGAAGCACCUAGCAGAUGGUCAAGCUCGCAACGAGUACGCCUUCUUUACCCAGGGUGUCCUCGAUGCAUGGUCAGCGGCUGGCCACAACAUACAUCUGAGUCCGCUGGGUCUUGUCCCGAAGAAUGACGCCAGCCUCAACGUGGACGGCCGCGUCAUUCAUGACCUAUCAGCACCCGCAGGCUUGUCGGUCAACGACGCAACCGACAAAGACCUCUUGCCGGACGUCCGUUGGCGACGCAUCACCGAAGUCGCGUCGCGCAUCAUCGCGCUGCAUCUGCGUUUGACGGACGACAUGACCAUCGUGGGCAUGGCCGGCGACGUCAAGAGCGCGUUCCGGCAUCUGCGCGUGGCUGCCGCGGACGCGCAUUGGCUCGGGGCACAAGUACCAGGGUCUAGUCAUUGGGGUUUAGACCUCUCGGGGCCGUUUGGUUGGUGUGGGAGCCCACCGUACUACGUCGUCUUUGGUCGGGCAAUCUCCCAUCUCGUCUCGCAGGAGUCACCUCACUCACUCAACCCGUGGCGGGACCAGGACACCGAGCCCUUCUGGACGCUGGAAUGGAUGGACGAUCACAUUCUCAUCGAGCUGGUCUCGCGAACGCCCGACGGCGUGGUGCCGAUCCGGGCCAGUGCGGCCGAGACAUCUCUACGCCUCGCCAUGCUGGCCAUCCUAGGACCAACAAGCAUCAAUGAGAAGAAGUUCAAGGCAUGGUCGAGCGACCUCCACGCGUUGGGGCUUAUUUGGCACCUCAACGACGCAGCCGUCUCGAUGCCUCCGGGGAAGGUCGAGAAAGCCAAACACCGGGUGGACGCCCUCGUGCAUAAAGGCACGGCUCGCAAGACGGACCUUCUCCAAGCUCUGGGCUCGCUCCGCCACGUCUGCUCGUGCGCACCGGCAGCCCGAGCCUUCUACCAACGGCUGCACAACGUCGCGGUGCGGGCAGACAAGUACAAGACCUUUCGACUCCCGCCGACCGCACUACGCGACCUUGAGCUUUUCCAGGCCAUUCUGGCGCAGGCUGACUUUGCUCGCGUACCCGCGGCCAUCUUCGAUCGCUCCUCCGAGCCCGACUUGCACCUCGACGCGUCAGCGCAGCCUCCCUUCUCGAUCAACGUCCGGGAGCAUUUGAGCCUAUGCCUCGCGGUCAGCAUAUGGGCGCCGCUCUGGGCGGUCGACAACCGAGCAACGGUCCACGUGCACGGAUGGAUCGACAACGCGUCGAGCGUCGCAUGGACGAACAAACUCGCAGCCGAGAGCGUCUUCGCCCAGGAGCUCAACCGCCGCCUGGCGCUCGCGCAAGCGGUGCACCGUUUACACGUCACGGCGGGCCACAUGGAAGGAGCACGCAACACGAUGGCAUACCACGGAUCACGCAGCCUCGAGGAACCGCAUCGGUCCGCGUGGCGCCGCCUCGCCACGGGUUGGCAGGCAUGGGAGGUACCCGCGCACCUCCGCUUCAUGUACCGGCAGUCAUCCGCGACUUCCAAGACGCUGCACUGGCCACGAGCACGCGAGGAAGGCUACCAUCCAUGGCUCUCACCCGACCAACGCGAGCAGUCCAAUGGCCUCAUCAACUACGUCCUCUACCUCCGCGACCAAGGAAACUCGGCGGGCACCAUCCGAUCCAAACUUUGCGGCGUCGCUUGGCAUCAUCAAGUGCACCGAGGGUACAACGUGGCGCUGGAACCCGACCAUCAGCUCGUCCUCCGAGGCAUUGAACGAACCGAUGGACCCGCCCAACGCAAGGAGCCCGUCAGCAUCGGCAUGCUCUGGCAAAUGCGUGCCGGACUCGACUUCAACGUCCCCCAGCAGCGCUCACUCUGGGGGGCUGCGCUGCUGGGUUUCUUCUUUCUCCUGCGCAAGUCCGAGUACUUGCACGAAGGAGCCAGACCCGCCAUGCACGGCAUCCGGGUCAAGGACGUCCGGUUCACCACCCGCUUCGAGACACUCGAAGACUGA